CGUGACUUCGGGCUAAUCUCCUUUCUUUUUCCGUGCACCCAAGAGAGACGUUUGGGAAUGUCGCAAUACACGACAGAUCUGAUUUAUAAUCAACUACAACGUUAAUUUCUGGCAGCGGAACGUGUUAUUUUGUACCACACGGAACCAGUAACGUUGGGGACGGAAAACGAAUCUGUAAACAAACAUAACGCUCGCUAGUGACCGUGUUAUUUGGCUUUAAGCACACGUGCGGGACGGCGGUGGGCUAGCUAAACGCAAAGAACAUGUUUAAAAACACAUUCCAAAGUGGAUUCCUGUCUAUUUUAUACAGCCUCGGCAGCAAACCACUUCAGAUAUGGGAUAAAAAGGUGAGGAAUGGUCACAUCAAGAGAAUCACAGACAAUGACAUCCACUCACAGGUGUUGGAGGUUGAGGGGGCAAACGUCAGCACCACUUACAUAACAUGUCCUGCAGACCCCAAGAAGACACUGGGCAUCAAGCUUCCUUUUCUUGUUAUGAUCAUCAAGAACCUCAAGAAGUAUUUCACCUUUGAAGUCCAGGUGUUAGAUGAUAAAAAUGUUCGCCGGCGGUUUCGGGCGAGUAACUAUCAAAGCACGACACGGGUGAAGCCAUUUAUCUGCACCAUGCCUAUGAGGCUGGAUGAUGGCUGGAACCAGAUUCAGUUCAACCUGUCGGACUUCACCAGGAGGGCCUAUGGAACCAAUUACAUUGAGACGCUGCGUAUACAGAUUCACGCUAACUGUCGAAUAAGGAGAGUGUAUUUCUCAGACAGACUGUACUCUGAAGAUGAGCUCCCAGCAGAGUUUAAACUCUACCUGCCUGUCCAGAACCAGAAGGCCAAGCAGUAGAGAUUGUCCACCUGCACUCUUCCCCAGGCCUCAUGUGGAGUUUAGCUGUAAGAUUUCCUGUGUGUAGACAUGUGACGAACUUUAAAACUUUGUAAUAUUAUAUUGUAAUUUUGGAAAUAUGAGUUUUGAGUGUCGUCCUGUGUUGCUUACUGCACAAUAAAGUUUUUUAUG